AUGAGCGCUGUUCGACCAGGCACUGCAUCCCGUCUGAAAUCAGCCCAAAUACAAGGUAAAAGUGGUACUGCAUGUCGUGUAACAGAUGGCGCAAAGACGGGUGCCCGUGGUAGAACGCUCGGUGGGACAACUUUAGACACUAUGGUCUGUGUUGAAGAUAGACCGAUCACACAACAAGGUUUAGGCGGACUUAGAAACCCAAUUCGUGGACCUAAACGUCAGAUUGAAGAUAAGUCAUACUUUCUAGGAUUGUUAAGAGGAAAAAUCAAUGAAAUAAACUCAGAAAUUGGGACGAUAACACGUCAGUUAUUAGAAAAAGAGGAAGAUAAUGCUAGUUUUGUACAAUAUGAGCAAAUGGCUGAAAAAUUGGCGUAUGAAAUUAAAGAACUACAGGGUGAAUUAGGCGAUUAUAAUACUCUCGUCGAUAAAGCAACAUUAGGUGAUAAUAUUACAAGUAUUGAGAUGGAUUUGGAAGAUGUACGUGCUGCAAAUGAACGAGCUGAACGAAAUUUAGAAAUGUUAUUUGAAGAUCGUCAGAGAAAGGAAUUAUCAUUAAAAUCAUGUGAGCUAGAAUUAAAACAAGAACAAGAAAUGUCUGAAAUAGUAAUUCAAGAAAUGGUUGAUACAGAACGUGAACGUUAUUUUAAAUUAAAAGAUUUAAAUGUUCAUCUUUUGAAUCAGUUGAGUGAAGGUCAAAUGGAGUUAGAAAGAUUGAAUACAAGAAAAGCUGAACUUGAAGAAGAACUAAUUACAUCACCGAUCAAACAAGAAGCUGUACGUCUAUUUACUCAACUUCAUGAAGUUCAAAGUAGACGAGAUCAGUUAUUAUCUGAAGAGGCAUCAAAAACAGAUCCCCAAAUAGAACGUCAACGUCUAUUGCAACAAGUUAAAAGUGAUAAUCAAGAAAUUGCAGCUAUUGAUAAACAAACACAUGAAAUUCAAGAGAAAAUUACUAAUAAAGAAGAGGAAUUACAUUUACUGGAACAACAAUUAGAUGAAAAUUAUAAUGAAAGAAAUGAAAAAUAUCGUGAACUUAAAAAACGUGAACAACAAAUUGAUGAAUUCUUACAAACCUUCGAUCAUGCAAAGUCUUUAGAAAUUUCUGGGAUCAAUGAAAUGGAAUCAACAAUUAUUGAAAUUUUAAAUAAAACAUCAAAUUCUAUUAAUAAUUUCAAUCAAAUUACAUCAAAUCAUGAUGUAGAUCUAUCAUCAGUUGAAUUAAUUAUUCAACAAGAUAAACAUAAUAAUCAAAUCAAUAAUACAAUACAAUAUCUAAAUAAUAAUAAUAAUAUUGAAAUAGAAGAAGUUAUUAAUAAUUUAACAAAGGAACGUAUACGUUUAAAUCAAGAUUUAUUGAAAGUUGAUCAUUUAGAAAGUAAAAUUACCCAAGAAAUGGAAACGCUAAAAAAGCGUAUUUCUAAACUGGAAGAAGAAAUUGUAAUCUUUAGUGAUUUGGAUAAAGUUCGUGAAAAUGCAACUCUUAAAAGACAAAGUUUAAACGAAGAAAAAUCACGUUUAGAUAAGUAUCGUAAUAAUUUAAACAAAUUAAAUCAACAAUUAGCCGCGGAACAUUCAAAUUUACAAACACAUUUAACUGGACAAGAUAUAUAUGUACAAUUAACUAAUUUAGAACGUCGUUGGGCACAACAUGAAGAAAUUAAUUACAGUUUAAAGGAAUUUAUUGAUAAUAAACGUGCAGAAACUGAUCCAACUCAAUUGGCUAAACGUGCAAUGGAACUAGUUAAAAAUUAUAAUGAAAAUUUAAAAUCUUCACUUGCAUUAAAACCUGUGAUUGCUUAA